ACAGCAGCCUCAGGGAAAGAAUGAAACACUUGAGUAAAAGUGACUCUAAAGAUAUAUUGACUAACAUGAAAUUGAAACUCGAUCCCAACAGGAUAGAUAAUUUCGCGACUCUGGGUGUUGGGUAUUCAGGAUUUGAGAGAUAUGCACGAAAGUAUCUUUCCAGGAACAAACGUGAAUCAGAACCAGAGCCUGAAUCAGAAUCGGAACCUGAAUUAGAACCGACUUCUGAACCUGAAUCAGAACCAACUGCUGAACCUGAAUCAGAACCAACUCCUGAACCCGAAUCAGAACCAACUGCUGAACCUGAAUCAGAACCAGAACCUAUUUCGGAACCUGAAUUAGAACCGACUUCUGAACCUGAAUCAGAACCAACUGCUAAACCUGAGUCAGAACCAACUGCUGAACCCGAAUCAGAACCAACUUCUGAACCUGAAUCCGAACCAGAACCGAUUUCGGAACCUGAAUCAGAACCGACUUCUGAACCUGAAUCAGAACCAAAUGCUGAACCUGAAUCAGAACCAACUGCUGAACCUGAGUCAGAACCAACUGCUGAACCCGAAUCAGAACCAACUUCUGAACCUGAAUCCGAACCAGAACCAACUUCUGAACCUGAAUCAGAACCAACUGCUGAACCUGAAGCAGAACCAACUGCUGAACCCGAAUCAGAACCAACUGCUGAACCUGAGUCAGAACCAACUGCUGAACCCGAAUCAGAACCAACUGCUGAACCUGAAUCAGAACCAGAACCUAUUUCGGAACCUGAAUUAGAACCGACUUCUGAACCUGAAUCAGAACCAACUGCUGAACCUGAGUCAGAACCAAAUGCUGAACCUGAGUCAGAACCGACUUCUGAACCUGAAUCAGAACCAAAUGCUGAACCUGAAUCAGAACCAAAUCCUGAACCAGAACCAAGUGCAGAGCCCGAGUCUGAAUCAGAACCCGAACCUGUUGGUGAAGAUUGGCCCGAACCAGGUCCCGACUGGAGUGUGUUGCCAUCUAUUCUAGGAGUUGCUCUCCAAUGCCACGUCUAUAUAUUCGCAGUGUAUUUCACCCUCCUCGGUCUCUACGGUGGUCAGAUAUUGAUAUCCUUGAUUUAUGAGCUCAAAAAGGGCAACAAGAGUAUUCUCUCUUUUACGUUCAACUCUCUCCUUCUUGUGUUAGGAGUUACCCGUGCAGUGUCAUUGUUCAAUAACCCCUACGGCUCCAACGAGAAUGUACCACUGCUACUCUCGCGCAUGAUGUGGUCUGUGGGCUUCCCGUGUAUGACCGCUUCAAUGACAACUCUCCUCCUUGUUCUGCUCGACACCACAAGGCUAUCUCUGGGACCUCCGAGAUUUCAAAAGUUCUCGACGGUGUCAUUGAGCUGUGGGUUCCAUUUCCUUCUGGUGUUGGGAAGCGACAUGCUGGUGUCUGCAUUUACUGAACUCAAACUGUUUUUGUUGCUGUGUCAAUUCAUCUACAUUACGUGGAGUGGACUUCUGGCCUUUGGCUUCUUCCGUGUGGGUUACUUGAUGAAAAAGAACUUUGCGUCUACUUUCUCCAAAUCAGGAAUGAGAGGAAGCAAAGAGCAGAGUGCUUCUCCAUUGAGACUAUACCGCAUGGUCCAUUACUGUGCUGUUGCAGCACUGGCAAGCUGUGUCACCAACAUCUACGGGGCAGUCGGGGUUUUCGGCGUCUACUCAGAUCUGGAGUUCGUGGAAGCCUGGCCCUGGUGGAUCUUCCAGACCACCAUGAGGUUGGAGGAGGUGGCCAUGUCGGCCCUGGUGGCCAUGUUAGCCGGCAAGGCAGGAAAGGACGGGAUGUGGAAACUCAUCAGGAUCUUACGGGAGGCUACUCGUCGCUGUGCCACUCGGAUCCAGAGGAAGCGGUUCAGUACAAGGGUGGUUCCGGUUUCCGUUAAGUCUCCUCAGGACGCCGGAUCGAGCGGAUCGACGGAGAGAAUGUUCCUGAGUGAGAAUAACUCCAUUACUAUCGGAGCAUCUGCAUUGUCUGACAUUAGGAGUGAGAGGAGACGCCCCUCUGUAAUGCAACCGCUGCAAGAAGGGAAACUACCUGUAGUUUCUCAACUUUAAAGGGUGUAAUUAUAUACGUUUGACGGUUGGUCAUUGGAACCCACUG